AUGGACUUCAUAAAUGAAAGAAUUCAGACUGGUGAUACAUUUAUUGAUCACAAAAAAACUGUUGCUAGAAACCUAAGCUUUGUGUUAAAAAAUAUAAAGGAAAAACCUCAUGCACUCUAUUAUCAAGAUGAGUCACAAAGAUUACAUAAGAAUAUUAAUGGAACAGAACAGAAAAAGUACAGCAAUUCAUCUAUACAAAUUUCCACAUUUACAACAUCGACAGAUUUUACAAGUACAUUCUUUGAUUUGCUUUAUGAUGAGAAUGUAUCAAUGGCUGACACUACUUUGGCUCCUGAAACUUCUUUCAAUGAAUCAGAGUCUGACAAUGUGACUGAUAUCACAUUCUUUGACAUAAAGACAACACCUAAACCAACUGAAACUCCAAAGAAAAAUGUGAAUGCAAAUAAUUGUGCAUCACUACCAAUAACAGUGAGUAAUAGUUACUGUAGCGGCAAAAAACCAAUUAAAUUUUUAACAAAUGAGUACAUCAAAUGUUAUGUAAAAAUCAAGGAUCUUCACUUUUUAUAUGCUUUACAACUCUCCACUGAAUCAAAUGUAAUAAGUCCAACAGAAAUGACAACAAACAGUACAGUUUUGAACUGUUCUACAUUCCACUGUAUCAAUUGGACUGUUCUUGUUUGUAACGACAAUGAUUGCAUUACAUUUAAUAAAAGUUUACAUGAACCAUCAUGUUCAGAGAGUCAUUGUGAUAAUAUAGGAGUAAAAGUAGAAUACAUAAUUUAUUGUAAUGAUUCUGUUAUAACAAGAGCAAUACUGAAACUCUAUAUUAAACAAGUUUCUAUGGACAUUGGUUUCAUUUCACAAGAAGUUAAAGUUAAUUUCUACAUGGGAAAUGAUUCUAUUGACAACAUUGUUACAUAUAGUGGAAAUCCAGGCUACUUAAAAAAAUUACCAAUUAUUGUAUCUUAUUGUGAGAGCAAUCAUACAAAACAUUUUUACAAUCGUACACAUGGAAAAAGUUAUAAUCUUUUGCUUCCUUAUAACCAAAAUGGUAAAUGUAUUAUCACGAACAUAACACAUAAUAUUGUAAAUUUUGGUGUUAACACAAGACUGAAAUGUCGGAUAAAAUUAACAAAACUUAAUGCAAUAUACAAAACGGAUGGGUGUUUAAAAAUUCAAACGGAAAUUUUGGAUUUGUUACGACUAAAUCAUGAUAUAUUUAUCUCGCCCUAUGGAAAUCCAAAUAACCUCAGUGAUAGUAAAUGGGUACGUCUUGAGAGAUUUAAUAAAAGUAAUAUAUACGGUGAAUACAGUUCAAAGAAAUUCCAGCUGCAAUGCUACAACUUAAUGACACGAUUUGCUUAUAUCUUCACAUACGCCGACAUAGGCGUCAGCAAAGAAGAAAUUAAAAUUUUGCGUGCAAUAGUUAAAGGCACGACGAAGAAUAUUACGUUUAACGUCAAUGAUUUGUCGACGGUCAUAACAGUGGAUACUAAUUUCUUAGACGCUAAUACGCGUAGUUAUGUUGGAGCAUCUUCCAGUUUUGAUUUGUCUAAGAAUUUAUUUUUUCCAUUUCAUAAUGGCAGUAGUGAGUUUAAACGUCAUACCUUAUUUUUAUAUUUAUGUACAAUUUUGUUCUUAAGCAAAUAA